GAAAAUAACAGUGCAGUAUGUUGCCAAGAACUUGUGUAAUUGCAAGGUCAAGGGUGCAGCACGUUUUAAAAACAUGGAGAAGACAGAGAGAGCCAGACUAGUAAAUUGGGCUAAGGAACAGAAGUUGGGUAUUGGAGAAAGGCCAUCAGUGCAUGUUCUGCAAACAAUACAGUGGAUGAAGGAGCAGAAUGGGGGUGUUGAACGGAACAGCGGAUGAAGGCGCGGCAUGAGCGUUGUGACAGGGUAGAUGUGGUUAUGGACAGCGAGGAAGAAGGAGAAAAGCUGAGUGCAGAGGGAAGAUUGUGUGUUGAGGAAGAAUACAAACCAUGGCUCAGAAAUUUUACCUGACAAGAGUGAUGAAGAUCUCAGAGUCCGAGCCUCACCCCAAUGGUCAUGCAAAGGAUGAUCCCUUCCUUUUGGCUGACCCACAUGUCUCAGGCUGGGUAGAAGUAACACAAACAUAGGCACAGACACAUGCAUACAAACACAUGAUAACAUACGCACUAUACACACACAUGGAUUUUGCCUUGCAGAUAUGUGGUAGUGGAGUAUGGGCCUGAGGGCACACAGAGUGUUGUGAAUUCUGUAAUGAAUAUAUUGUAAUGUUUUUAAAGUUGUAUAACUGCAUUAAUUUUGCCGGACCACAGGAAGAGUGCAGAUAAUGGGGAUCCAUAAUAAAUUGGGUACUGUUAAAUUGCUGAAGGUAGCUCAAAGUGAUGAUUUUCUGUGUUUCACACGCCUUGGGACAAGACCUGUGACUUGCUUUGCUCUCCAGAGCAGGGCGCCUUUGAAAGGAGUGAUGGCUUGGGUGGUAUUAAGUGUUGAGGUGGAGCAACUGAGAAGACACUGUUCUUUUGAGUUUUGAAGCAAGAGUUUUUACCUGACAAAGUCAUGUUAGGAUAUGUCAGAAGUGCCCAGUGCGAGAGAGACAGGUUAAGGUUGCCAGGGUCAGAGUUGAACAGAAGGUGUCGUAUGCUGAGGCAGUGAAGAGAGUAGAGGAUGAGGGAUCAAAGACCUGCACCUAGCUGCUGAGCUGGGGAAGACCCUGCUGGACAGGAACAGAGAGCUGGAGCAGGGUCUGCAGCAGAUGUACUCCACCAAUCAGGAACAGCUACAGGAGAUAGAGUACCUGACUAAGCAGGUGGACCUCCUGAGACAGGUGAAUGAUCAGCAUGCUAAGGUGUACGAGCAGUUAGAUCAGUCCUCCAGAGAACAGGAGCAGAGCAACACCCGCCUGGUACAGGACAACAGGACCGCCCAGCACAAGAUCCAGGGGCUCACAGAGAUGAUCGAGGCUCUGCAGACCCAGGUGGAGGAUCUGCAACGUCAGGUAGAGGAUCUGAAGACCGCCCCUGCUAAUCCCCAUAGGAAACCCCUUGCAGAAUCAUGGCGGCCCUACGGGGUGCAGAGCGUGUCCUGCCUGAAUGAGUUGCAACGCACACACAGUGUCUACUCUGGAGACCAUUCGGAUGACCCCUGGUCUCCCUCUGACAUCUCGUGGCGGGAGGAGGAGCAGGAGUCACUACGGAGAUCGCUCCGCUCCCUACAGACACAGUUGGCCAAUGAACGUGCUCGGAGAGAGGGGGCAGAGCGAGAUGCAGACCACCUAGCCAAUGAGAAUGUGGCACUAGAGCAGCGCCUGGGAAUGAUGGAGGGGUGCCAGGCCAGACUAGUGGAGCUGGAGUGUGAGGCUGAGGAGCUUCGUCAGCUGUGGAGAGCCGACUACAGCAACAAAGCUUUGAGGUCAAGGGUCAGCCUGGGCAUGCUGCCCAAUGCCCUCUUCUUCCCCCUGAACCAGGAGAGGGGGAUGGGGGAGGAUGGAGAGAGUGAGGGAGACCUGAUGGAGGUCAGCUACCGUUCCAAGGUGAAAGGUUGUGAUGUCCUAAAGCACUGCAACAGCGAGAAGCAGCUUAGGUCUCUACGGGGUGAGGGGUCAGACGUAUACGAGAGUCAUGACCACGAGCGUUCGUGCGUCCGCCAUUCGGAGGUGGUGAAGCAGCGUGGGAUCUCCCUUCUCAACGAGGUUGACGCUCAGUACAGCGCCCUGCAGGUCAAAUAUGACGCGCUGCUGCGGCGCUGCCACCAGGGGGAGCAGGACCCAAGCCAGCAGCACAGCCAAAAGGAGGUCCAAAAGCCCAGCGGAGCCCCCUUGGUCCGCCCACGAAGCCCAGCCUCCCUCCGCCAGGGCCAGGAGGAUGAACUUCACCAGCCUGAGUACAAGGCCCUGUUCAAGGAGAUCUUUACCUGCAUCAAGAAAACCAAAGAGGAUCUGAGUGAGAACAGGGGAAAGUCUUGGCAGCUGGAGUAGCAUUACUUUCGCAAAUAAACGUAGAAAAAUGGGUUUGUGCUGAACAAGCUAUUUUUCUCCCGAAUUGGAGCUGGGACAUACUGUAUGUGCAAGCUACUAAGCAAGCAAAACACCUUACUGUAAACUAUUUGAAAGACUUUAAAAGUGUGCCUGGGAACUGACGUGUUAAAUCUGUUAGAAGUGAAGAUGAAUUGAUAACCUUCUCAAAGGGCUCAUCGUUAUCUAUGGACGUUGGCACAGCUAAAGAAAGGCAAGAUACACCAGCUCUUAUGCAUGGAAACAACAGUGCCUAACGUUCAGUCUAUUGUACAUAAUUCUGCCUCAAUCUCCCAGGUAUACCUGAGCCAGUUGCUUAGCAUCUAAGGGCAACUUUACUGUACACUGAGAAACCAAGGACCUCUGGAAACUAUUUCUGUGGACUAGCUCUUUUCAAUGGUACGUCUAUGCACUGUUAAAUCAAAAGUUGCACAUCCUUUUAAAGUGACUUGUCUGAGCCUGAUGGUCAAAACGGGAACUUUUUACCAUCUUUGUGUGCCUAGAAAUGCCACUGUUUCCUACUCUUGGUAAUGAGUUACCUUGCAAGGCAAGGUGUGAAGGCAAUCUGUACAUUUUAAAAAGGGAGAGCUUGUUAUCGCUUUUGUUCAGUGCAGCUAUACAAUAAACAUCAACUACAGCUAUGAACAGCUGUAGCUAUGAAAUGUUUGGCCUAGAUCUUUGUCAUUAUUAAAAGUUUCUGAAUAUUUUACCAGAAAAAACACCUGAUGGUUUUUGGUGCUCAUGUAAGGUCCAAGUUGCACUAUAAUUUCCGGAACUCUAUCUUUCUCAAUUGUACUGUAUGUCUUCAAAGUGUUUUGCCCGAUCCUGAAGUUUAAAAACGAAAGUAAUUGGGUACGAAGAAUGAGUUGUUAAUGAAUAAUGUAGUAGCUAGUGAUAAUCUACUGAGGCUAUACCAAAACUCAGCUAUAUACUGUACGGUGCUAUGAUAUUGAUGUGCUUUACGAAUACAAUGACAGACAAUGUAGACAUUUCAUAAGUGCUGUUCCGAUUCUUUGUCAGAAACUGUCUGGUUAAUCAAAUGUUUUUUAAACUCAUGCUAUCCUAAUUGUUCAUGAUAGCCACAUCCUUAGUGGACAUCACUGUAAAAUCACAUUGUAUUGAGAUGCACUUAAGACUUGCACAGGGAUCGUUGUUCUUUUCUGACACUUUAUGUAGCUUGCCACUGUAUAACAAGUGCUAUUAGUAGUCCCUGUUCACUGUAUUAGAUACCAAAAUAUUGUCAAAUGUAUGCGUAACCUUUGAUGAAUGCAAACUCUAAGAGGA